UUAGCUGUGGUAUUCUUGGCGUUCAAUGUAAUCUUUGCCAUAUUUUGUGUUGUCUUAGCAUGUCUGAUCAGGAUUGCCCUCUGCUGCUGCUUGUCUUGCAUCAUUGCAAUUCUUUAUUUUGAUGGACAGGAAGGUGCAUCAGAUGUUGAUUUGAAAAUCCUUCCCAAGUACAGAUUUCAAGCUUCCAAGAAUGAGGAAAGAGCUAAUAUUGCAGUUGGUACUAUGGUUCCUAUUGAAACAAGCAGUGGGUACAUGGCUAAUGACCAAAUUCUUUCUUCUGAGGAUGGAGAAUGUUGUAUAUGUCUCUGCCCAUAUGAGGAUGGGACCGAAUUGCAUGCUCUUCCAUGUAACCAUCAUUUUCACUCAACUUGCAUUGUGAAAUGGCUUAAGAUGAAUGUCACAUGCCCACUGUGCAAGUACAACAUUCUCAAAGGGAAUGAUCAAGUCUAA